AACAGUAGUACAGUCGCAGACCACAGUGUAAGGUUCAGACGGUUCGGUUUAGCCAUUCCGUAUUUCUGUUUCAAUACACUCGAUAAUUAAAAGACUUCCCCGGGACAUAUUCGCUCUAUAUUAUCAUGUGCGCGCCGCGGUAAUAAUACAGUUGUAGUUAAUCAUUGAUCGACAUGGCUUGUGAAAGUGAGCAACGCGACUUUUGGGAACCACUGAAAUAUUCUUAUCAUAAACAGAAGAAUAUUGUUAUUUUUGUAGUAUCAUCGUAAUUUUCUUGUAUACGAAUUUAUGAACGCAUUAACGCUUGGUAGUAACUGUCUGACUAGUAUUAGAAAAGAACGCUAGUGAUCGCUGUUCGUUCAGCGUUCGAUACAACAUACGUUCUUGGCGCGUUCUAGUCACCCGUCUUUGGCGUCUUUUCGAGCAUCCGAAUUCCGAGUGUUCACUGCUCGUCUGUCCCGUCUAUCGUCGAUUGCGAACGGCACAGCAGAGAGUUUUGCCGCGGAUCAACGGAUUCUCGUUCUGCGUAUCCGCUUUCACUAUGAAAGAAAGAUUGCCGAUAAAAAAUUAUAUUAUAAAAUAAUGUAAUUAAGUGGAGUAUUCAAAUAUUUUUUACAUAUAAAAGAAAAAUAUCCUGCAUUUACAAUGAAUGAAAAAGAUGACAUAUGAACGAGGUCUACUACAUGUACCUACUUGUUAUUCCAUUAACACUUAAAUGGAAGUCAGUAUGUAGUAUGGUCGUGAAUUUGGAUGACCCACCUUUUCUUGCUGUUGGCACAGAAGUAAGUGCCAAAUACAAAGGGGCAUUUUGUGAAGCAAAAAUCAGAAAAAUAUCAAAAAUUGUAAAAUGCAAAGUUCAAUAUUCUAAUGGGAUAUCUGCAUUUGUCACUGAUGAUGCAGUGAAAGGACAAUUAAAGGUGGGAGCUACUGUUGAUGUAAAAUGUAGUGAUAAAAAAGAAUUAGUUCAAGCAACAAUUCAAAAAAUUCAAGACUGUAGUCAAUACACUGUUGUAUUCGAUGAUGGAGAUAUAACAUGCUUAAAGAGAACAGCAUUAUGUCUGAAGAGUGGAAAACACUUUGCUGCUAGUGCUACUCUUGAUCAACUUCCUCUAACACACCCUGAACAUAUCGGUAUUACUCCUGUAAGAACCACUAUAGUACAAGGCCGUAGAAGUCGAAAGCAUAAAAAAAGCUUUGGGGAAAGUGGAGAAGAAGAAACUUCAACAAUGGAAGAAAAAGAUAUUGGAAAAGUAGUUUGUGUAGAAGCUAAUGAUAAAAAGAAAGUAAGAGACAAUUGGUUUCCUGGUUUGAUUGUUGCACCCACUUCUCAAUCCUCAGUCAGAACUAAUGUUUCAGAAGACUACCUAGUUCGUUCAUUUAAGGAUGGGAAAUAUUAUACAGUACCAAAAAAAGAAAUAACUGAAUUUACAAAAGAAAUUGGUGCUAGAGUUGAAAAUCCUACACUUAAAACUGCUGUCGAAAAAGCCCUAUUUUUUCUUGACAAAGAUGAACUUCCACCACACUGGGAUCGAGAUUUGUUAUUUGGUGUUGAUAAAAUUUGUGUUGCUACAGAUAGUGAAGCAUUUGAUAGCGAUAAUUCUGAUGAAGAAUCAAUCGAAGAAAAAGACCAUUUUGUUGCACAGCUGUUUAAAUUUAUGGAUGAUCGAGGAACUCCUCUUAAUCAAGGUCCAGUGAUAAAUGAAAAGGAUGUUGAUUUAUACAAACUAUUCAAAAUUGUUAAUAAUUGUGGAGGAUAUAACAAAGUUAAUAAAGGUAAACUAUGGAAGUUUGUAGCAAAUAAAGCUGGUCAUGAACAACAGUCAUUUUUUUCUGUUAAACAUUGCUAUCAACAAUAUUUACAUAGCUUUGAAGAUUUUUAUCGAAAACUCGGAUGUACAAUGUUGAGUCAUCCGAGAGGAGUAAGAUCACGCAGUAGAUUUAGUCGUAGUAUCAUACGAGAUGUUGAUAAAGCACUACCUAGCACAUCUACAACUGAUAAAAAUAAGUCUUUAAAGAAUGAAUCAAAUGAUAAAAAAAGUAAGGAUUCUUCUGGUACCAAAAAAACAGCCAAAACUAUUAAAGCCGAAGAAAAGCUUUUAAAGAACAAUGAAGAAAUGUCAAAAAAAGGUGAUAAAAAAAAAGAUGAUAAUACUAAUAGUACAUCACGAACUAAACAAUCAGUUAAAUGGGAUCCAGAUAUAAUAGAAACAAAAGAUCCUGUUAAAAAUUCUACUAAAACUAAAAAAGAAAUGAAAGAAAUAUUAAAAAAAGAAAUAAAAAAAGAGAUAGAUUCUGAUACACUAGAUGAUGAUCAAAUCAUCGAAGAUAAAAAAGUAGAAAAAAAAAAGUAUACAAGAAAUUUAUUUGGAAAAUCAGUGCGUAAAACAACUAAAAAAGAAAAAGUUGUAAAAGUAAAAUCUGCAGAUACUGGGUUACCGGGUAUGAGAAAAAUGAGAGCUAUUAAAGAACAAAUUAAAACUUUUGUUAAAGUAAUGACUCCAUUUAAAAAAUCAAAGAGAGGAGCUAAUACCCAGCAAGAUGCUCCAACUAAAGGGAAAUCUGAUGAAGAAGUUCCAAAGCUUACGCGAUCAAAAACCAAAGAAGAUUUACCUACUAAAUCAAGGAGAGUAUCAGUAUUAAGUGAUCUUGCUGAUAGUGCUUCUGUGGUACAACUUCCUCAGACCGGACUUCUUGCAGAAAAUCAAAUUAAAAUUAAAAAAGAGGAUGGAUCUGAAAAGAAAAAGACUGUUAGAAAGAAAAAGGAAGAUAAAGAGGAGAAAGCGACAAAUGAUUUAAUUCCAGCACCUGUUAAUGUUGAAAUUGUACCAUUUGAUAAAGAUUCGCCUGUGAUCGUUGGAGAUAAUUUAGUUGUGUAUUAUGGAGAUAAACAUGCAACAACGUAUGAUGCAAAAGUUAUUAAUGUGUGUGAUAUUGAAGGAGUAAUGAAAUAUUACGUACAUUAUAAAGGAUGGAAUUCACGUUAUGAUGAAUGGAUAGAUGUUAUGCGUAUUGCUUAUAAAACUAAGGAUCCGGAACCAGAACCUGGUGUUGAUAAUGAUGCAGACUCUACAAAAAGUAGUCCUCCAGAACAAAAAAGUGUGGAUCCAAAAAAGGUACCUUCAACAACAAGUAGAACUAGAAGAUCAGUUACUCCACUCACAUCACAUUCAAAUAUAAAAAAAUCACCUUUUAGUAGUGCUCGACCUACUAGAACAUGUACUUUAACAGAUCGUCCAUUAUUUAAUAUUGAUAAUUCAGAUUCAGAAGGAGAAUAUACAGUAAGUGUAGGAACAUCCAAGCAAUAUAACAAGAAAAAAGCCAUCAAAACUGAACCCGGUAUUGUUAUAAAAACAGAGCCUUUAGACACGGAAAAUCAGAAAAAAACUCCGUUACUAAAAACAUAUCCUAGUAAAGAAGUGCUUAUGCAGCGAAGUGCACCUAGAAAACCAAAAUCAUGUGUGUUCAAAGUCCAUAGUAAUAAGUCUGAAGAAGUUGAGGUUUGUGAACAAGUCACUCUUAAACCACCGUUUGAUUUUAAUUUUGUAAUGCCACCACCUGGUGAUACAAUAAAACCAAAUGAAGAUAAUGAAAAUGUAGAAAUGCAAAAUGAAAAUACAAUUGAGGAUAGUAUUAAAAUUGAACCAAAAGUUGCUCCAAAUCAUUAUUUAUCACCCAAAGAAAAAUCUGAGAGAAAUGAUCUAGAACAUAUAUCUGAAUCUUCAAAAAGUGCAAAUGAAGAAAUCAAAAUUAAAACCGAGCCGUUGACCGUCCCAACAAAAUCAGAAAUUUCAAGCAUAAUCUAUUAUUCAUCAUCCUCUGAAGAUGAAGAACAAAAUCAAUUAAAAAAAGUAACCGAAAUCAUCUCUUCCUCAUUAGAUGAUAAAUCUGAUGAAUCUAAAAUAUCUGGCACCGAUUUUGACCUUAACAAAAUAAGAUCAGAAAUGAAGGGACUCGUGCCAACUUCAUCUAAUAGUAAUAAUGAUGAUAUAAUUCAGAAUAAAGAAUCAUUUAUAUUGGAUAAACAAAUAGAAAUUGAAGAACCUAUUGAAGAAAUUAAUGAAUCAGUCACAGAUGAUGUUUACGAAUUCAAAGAAUCUGAAACAUGCAAUUUUGCUACUAUUUCUUCAGUCACUGAAGAAAAAUUUUGUAGACCUAUUAGACAUGAUUCACCAAAAAUAUUUAACUUAGAGAAACCGAGUGAACUACCGAAAGUCAUUGAAUCUAUAGUACAAGAAGAAGUAAAUGAACAAAAUCUAUGUACGAUACCAUUUGUGUCCAACAGCAAUAGCGCAUAUUCAUUUGAAAAUAAUGUCGAGAUAAAUGUUAAUGAAAAUUUGAAUGUUUUAAAUGAAAUUGAAAAUCCAAUUUCUAAUAAUCAACUUGACAAUGAAUCUAAUGAGUCCCAAAAUUUAAUAAUAAGUGAUGUUACAGUAGAUACUUCAUAUGUAAAAGAAAUCGAACAUUCUCAGGAUGAAACAUGUCCUGAAGUUAAUGAACCUGAUUUAAAAGACGAAGUAUUGGAUCUAUGCAUGAAACCACCUGAAUCACCGCCUAAUAAUAUUUUUAGUAUGCCAGAGCCAAAUGAACUAAAUGACAUGAUUGUUGAAGAAGAAGAUGAUGAUGAAGAUGACGAUGAAUCAAAAUUAGUGAUAGCUGAAAAUGAUAAAAUUGAAAACGAUUAUCAAAUGGAUACUGAUUUGGUAGUUGUUAGUGAAGAUCAUAAUUCUUCCAAUGGACAAAUUAAUGACAAUAUACAAGCACAAUCCUUGCCACCACUGCCGCCAAGUAUACAUCCUAAUAUUGAAUUAGAGUUCAAAAAUUCUUACCAAGUAAAAAGAGAUAUCACUAUAUCAAAAGAUACAGAUGAUGAAAGUACUACAUCCUUUAAUGAAUGUAUACAGAAUGCUCUAAUUCAAAGUUUUCAAAAAUAUUCUCAUUUUGAAAACCAUUCAAGUCAAAAUCAACUUUAUAUGGAUAAUAUUGAUGACAAUACAAAAUCUGGCUUUGAAUUUGAUUCAAAUUCAAAAUCACCAACAAUUGAAAAUAGAGAAAUCAUUGAAUCUGUAACUAAGGUUCCCAUUAAUGAACCUUUGGAUAAUGAUAAGCAUAAAAAAUUUGAUUUUGAUGUCGAAAAUGUUAAGUAUGAAAAAGAAAAAACUUCGGUGCUACCGGAAUUACAAUGUAGAGAAGAAAUAGUAGAUGAAGAUACUCUUAAUAAUACUUUAGAGUACAAUCGUAAAGUGGCAGAAUAUGACAUUCAUAAGCCUAGUACUAGUAAAGGUUUCUUUGAUUCGAUACAUCAACCAAGUACUAGUAAAGAUUGUUUCUAUGAAACUGACAAUAGUAGUGACACAAAAAAUAAUUUCUUUGAAGCUAGACAAGCAGUCAAAAGUGUUACUUUUGAUACAAACGUCGCUAGCAAAAGUAGUUUAUUUGAUCCUAAUAUUCCGAGUUGCAGUAGUAAAGAUUUCUAUGAUCAUAAUAUUCCAAGUACUAGCAAAAGCAGUUUUUAUGAAAACUCUUUGCCUAGUACUAGUAAAAGUUUUUAUAACCCAGAAUCUGAUGUAAAUAGUGUACUAUUUUGUGAAGAAACUAUACCAGGCAGUCCAACUGGUACGUCCGAAGAACAAUAUGAUCAAGAGGAAAGAAAAAAAGCUCUUCAAGCACUCUAUGAAGAAAGAGAAGCUGCUUCAGCCAUGUACGCUAUGAAUCAAUCUUUCCGUAGACCAAUGAUUACUUUGAUGGGUGCUACUGAAGAAGAAAUGGAAGAAUAUACUAAUAUUCUUCAAAAUGAUGGAGCAAUACUAGAUCAAAGACAUUUACAGUUUUUGGCUGAGAUUUCUAGUAGGAAUCUUGGUAUAAAUAUUAACGAACCUUCAGUCACUGAACCACCUGAAAUAGAACCAGAACCAGUGGUUGAGAAAAUUGUAAAACCACUAGAAAAACCACAAUCCAAGCGUAGAAUUAGCAGUCAUGAACAAUCUUCAAAACGCAGUAAAACAUCUACUACUACUGCUCCUAUACCUUCAGUAAGUCAUGUUGAAAAACUACCUGAUCUAAAAACACAGAUACCUUUAAAAGAUGGCAAACCAUUGGUUGUAUUCACUCCAGAUAUGGAUUCAGCUCAACGGCAAGCAGUUAUUAUAGCCAGAAUGAAUGAUCUGCGAAAAGAAUAUGCUAUGGUUAAAGCUCGUUUAACUGUGGUUGAUCGAAGGAGGAAAAAAAUUAAGAAACGAAAAAGGGAAAUGGCUAAAGCUACUACCUUAAAUCAAAAUAAACAGGCACAAGCAGCUGGUGGUGCUAGCACGUCUAAAUAAAAUUUAGUUUACUUAUUCCACCUAUUAGAAUUUUAAUAUUGAUAUAAAUGUUCACUAUUUAAUAUAUCAUUGUAAAUGUGAUACCGAAUAAUAUUACAUACUUCAUUAUAUUUAUUUGUUUUUAAACCUUCCACAGAAGGAUAACUUAUUAUUAGUUACUUAUUUUUUACUUUAUAGAAUAAAAGUUUUUUAUGAUAACAUAUUAAAUUUUAAAUUUAAGGGUCCAUUGCAACAACUAGAUAACUGCACUUUUCAGAAUUGUUCCGGGCAACCAUAAUACAAUUAUUUUUCUGAGUUUCAUGAACAAUCGCUAAACAUGUAAUGAAUCAAUACUGAAUUAAUGGUAUUGUAUAUGUGCAAAUAAUGGCACAUGGAUUGGUCGUUACAUUUUAUUGAACCAUUAAAUAAAUUGACUGUCGAUAAGUUAACUAAUUGUUAUUACAACUCCUAAAAUAACAAUUGCAUUUUUUAAUAGUUGUAUCAAAACAGAAUAUAACCAAGAAAUAUUUAAAUUUCUUUGCUCAAGGGAAAAUAUUUAAAAGAAAAUUUAUUCUUUAUCACUUUUCUCCAUUAUAUGCUUGAUCUAUGUAUGAUUUUCAAUAAUAUGGUUACAACAUCACAAUAUCUAAAAGAAGUUAUCAAAUAACAGCUCACGCGGUCUGUAGAUUAAUUUUAACUCCCCACAGACCAAAUGUGUAUUUAUAAAUUAUUUUCUUUUGAGGGUGAAUUAAAUGAUGAGGUUUUCAUCAAUUUUAACUGAAAGUUUUCAUUUUGCUUUUAUUUUAAUAAAUAUGUAUAUAUAUUAGAUAAAUUUUGAUGGACCUCGAAAACUUCCUGAGUUCCUAAAUAGCCCUCCAAAAAUGUCAAUUGGUGAUUCUUGAUAUGGGGCCCCUAAUGCAUGGAACAUAAUGUUAUAUGUCCUAUGUAUUCCAUACAACAUCAUGCCAGGCCUCCGUCAUAAUGUAAGCAAAUUCAUCAGCUAUCAGUUCUAUAGCCAAUAUAUUUUGUCCAUGAAAUAGUUUCUUUUGAAAAUAUUGCAAAUUAUCUAAUUUUUGCAAUGGAGUCAAUGGACCCUAUUUUAAUGUUACCUAUUUAGUAUUUAGUACUAAGUGGUUUGUGCAUUAGCACUUAGCAUUUAGUAAAUACAAUUUUUCGUUUUAAUACGUUUUUCAAAUGCGAUUAAAGUUCUUUUGCAGUCAAAUGUGUUUUUUUUUACUAUGCUUAUAAUUUGUGAGCGUGCAAAGGAAAAUCGUGCCUUAUGAAGAUCUUAUUCAGUGUCUAAAUACUAAAUAGUAUUUAAACACUUCCUAUUUUGUUAUUAAGAUUAAGUGUUUCUCUAUUAUUAAACUAAUUAAUUAUUUUGUAUUCAAUAAGAUGUUUGAUUGUACUCUAGUUGUAGUAUAAAUGUAUAUUUGUAUGCCAUUAUACCCUAAUUUAUUUGAAAAUCAUUAAGUAUAUUAUAUACUUUAUAUUAUGUUCCAUAAUUUUAUAUUUGCUGAACAUAAUGAAGUUAUUUAAACUUCAAUGUAUUAUUUUUAUAUCAAUAGUUCUUAAAAUGUUGUUUAUGUAACUAAUAUAAUAAUUAUACAAAAUACAA